AUGGGUUGGUUCAUAAUCAGUCGGGCUCUAGUCGUACGAAUACUAUUCGCAUUUCACGGUUUCCUAACCAUCUACCUCCUAACCGUUGUCAGUGAGGAUCCGAAUCACUGGUACGCCACCACAUCUCUAACAGGUCUCCUGCUAGAGACCGGCUUUACUAUAUACGUCAGGAAAGGCCAAGAAUGGAAAUGGUUUUGUCCCAGCGUUUUAUUCUACUUACUGUCCGUAGUGCCGCCCAUAUGGUUGUUAGAACUGCACGAACUCGAAGAGAGAAUUAUGGAGGAGUUGAUUAGGCAGAACUCUACCAAUGUUUUUCAUAACGUCAGUGACGACGAACAGAUUGCCGAUCUGCUUGAUAAGAUUGUCAGUGUCUUUGGGGAACUCAAUCAUAUAAAAACACCCGACACAUUCAUCUCUCAAGCUUUGAAUUUAAUUAAUCAAGCACGUGUGCAUGCCUUCGAAAUACCUAGGUGGAUUUUGCCAAAAGGCCAGCUGACGCACGAUCAAUUGAGUGAAUUGUUGCUGGUCUAUAUCGCCACUGCUGCUGAUAUUGUCGAAUUUUUCGAUGCCUUCAAAGAAGAUGCGGUUCGAUUCAAUAGACCGCUAUGUAUAGUUAUUCUGUCAAUAUGGUCCUGGAGUUUGUUGCAGUUUACAAUGGUUCUCACGGCUACCAAAAAACCUAAGGAUACUUUGCCACCGCCAGUUAAGUUGGAACCGUGCUUCACACCGGAAGUGUUUGGGAUUGUUAUAUCUAUGUUUCUUCAGGAUGCGCCAUUUUUGGUUCUCAGAUUACUUUUGAUCUUCCAAUACGAUGUCGUCAGCUAUACAAACAUGUUCUUCACCUGCAAGAAUACAUUGGUUUGCAUGCUACUGACCUACCGCCUGGUCGUCAUACAGAUUGAAAGCCGAAGAAGCGAAAUCAGUGAGAAGCCAAGCGUCCAGUUACAGUAG